GCCGUAGAGUCCCGGUUGCCUUGGCUCCCGAAUUCCGAUGGGGACGCGCUGAGGAGCGGCGGUGAGGGGUGAAAGGCGUCCUUCGGCGUCAGGUCGGGCGUGCGGGGCCAGCGAACUGGAGCGGCGCCAUGGGCUGGAUCGCUGUGUCCAAGCCGCAAUCUUAGGACGCGUUCCGGAAGGCAGUGUAGCCCAGUGGUGGAGGGUCCCGACUCGAACCAGGGUUGAAGUCCUCCCUCCUCCUGUGACUUUGAGUGAGCUACUUCACCCCCUGGGCCUCAGCUUCUUCAUCUCCAAAAUAAAGGCAAUCAUAGUACUGUUUUAGACACAGUAACAUCACAGAAGAUCUUAUUAGACGGAAUGCUGAACACAAUGACUGUGUCAUUUUUUCCCUGGAGGAACUCUCGUUGCAUCAGCAAGAAAUAGAAAGACUAGAACACAUUGAUAAAUGGUGCCGGGAUUUAAAAAUUCUCUAUCUUCAAAAUAAUCUUAUUGGGAAAAUUGAAAAUGUUAGCAAACUCAAGAAACUUGAAUAUUUGAAUUUGGCUUUAAACAACAUUGAAAAAAUAGAAAACUUGGAAGGAUGUGAAGAACUGGCAAAACUUGACUUGACUGUAAAUUUCAUUGGAGAGCUGAGCAGCAUUAAAACCUUGAAGCACAAUAUCCAUCUGAAGGAACUGUUUCUCAUGGGGAACCCAUGUGCUUCCUUUGACCACUAUAGGGAGUUCGUGGUAGCAACUCUUCCACAAUUAAAGUGGUUGGAUGGUAAAGAAAUAGAGCCUUCAGAAAGGAUUAAGGCAUUGCAGGACUAUUCGGUAAUUGAACCACAAAUCAGAGAGCAGGAAAAAGAUCACUGCCUUAAAAGAGCCAAACUCAAGGAAGAGGCUCAGAGGAAGCAUCAAGAAGAGGAUACAAAUGAAGACAAGAGAAGUAACCCAGGCUCUGAUGGACGUUGGUACACAGACAUCAAUUCUACUCUUUCCUCUUUAGAGAGAAAAGACCACCUACAGCCAGCAGACAUACAAGAACACAGCACAAAGAAAUUAGACACAAGUGAAGAUGAUUUGGAAUUCUGGAAUAAGCCCUGUUUGUUUACUCCUGAAUCAAGAUUGGAAACUCUUAGACACAUGGAAAAACAACGGAAAAAUCAGGAAAAAUUAAGUGAAAAAAAGAAGAAAGUGAAACCACCCAGGACUUUGAUCACUGAAAAUGGGAAAGCUCUGAAUGUAAAUGAGCCCAAAAUUGACUUCUCUUUGAACGACAAUGAAAAGCAGAUCAUCCUGGACCUUGCUGUCUAUAGAUAUAUGGAUACCUCUUUAAUUGAUGUUGAUGUGCAACCAACUUACGUAAGAGUUAUGAUCAAAGGAAAGCCAUUUCAGCUUGUCCUUCCUGCAGAAGUGAAACCUGAUAGCAGCUCUGCUAAAAGAUCUCAGACAACAGGUCAUCUGGUCAUCUGCAUGCCCAAGGUAGGAGAAGUAAUCACAGGUGGUCAGCGAGCAUUCAGAUCUAUGAAACCUACCUCAGACAGGAGCAGAGAACAAACAAAUGCAAGAAGCAAGCACAUGGAGAAAUUAGAAGUAGACCCUAGCAAGCACUCAUUCCCUGAUGUGACUAACAUUGUUCAAGAGAAAAAACGCACACCCAGAAGACAAUCUGAACCCAAAAUUAUACCAAAUGAGGAAGACCCAACCUUUGAAGACAACCCUGACGUGCCUCCGCUGAUUUGAAACAUCUGGUUAUGUUGUCAUUGGCUGAGACUUACCGGGUCCAACUUUGGUUGGUGUAGAAACCGUAUGCAUAUUAUUCCUGGGAUAAACAGUUAUUUGUCAAUAUUGCUACUCCAGUGUUUUGACUCUUACUUUGCAUAGUAAUAUCCUUAAGCUAGCUUCAGAUUAAAAUGUAUGUUCUACAUUUUAUAAUAAUGAGUUAAAUGCUAUAACUCAUCAUUUACCUAUAAUAAAGGGUUGGUAUUGAAAAUGCUUAGUAAGAUCAUAGAACUAUUGCAUAAAACAUUGAUUAUAAAUCCCAGACCUGUAGAUUAAAUUGUAGAUAAAAGGACUGAGUAUUAAAUUGGUACUUCAGCAAAUUGGUCAAGCUUAGAAGUUAACACUGUAAUUUCAGAUCCAAUUGGAAUACUUUAAUACAAUUUUCAACAGCAUU